ACCCUCCCUUUGUAUAAGGAGAGAACUGGGUGGCUGAACCCAGAGGCUCCUUCCUGGGCUGACCUUCCAGAGCCGCAGGAAUCCCGUCAUUUUCAGAUACUCAUGGCGGAAGAGGGGGCUGUCCUCAAGGUCACCAGGGACCUGAAAGCUGCCGUCUCCGCCAUCCUCCAGGGCCACGGGGCCGGGCAGCAGCCGGUGACGGACGCCAGCGCUGAGCUGCACAGACUCUGCGGCUGCCUGGAGCUGCUCCUGCAGUUUGACCAGAAAGAGCAGAAGAGCUUCCUGAGGCCGCGGAAGGAUUACUGGGACUUCCUCUGCACUGCCCUGUGGCAGCAGCGGAGGGACACGGAGCCAGCCCGCUUCGUCCUCUCACAGGACAAGUUGAAGACCCCGCUGGGAAAAGGCCGGGCCUUCAUCCGCUUCUGCCUGGCCCACGGACAGCUGGCUGAGUCACUGCAGCUCUGCUUCCUGAACCCAGAGCUCACCAGGGAGUGGUAUGGCCCCCGGAGCCCCCUGGUGUGCCCUGAACUCCGGGAGGACAUCCUGGACUCUCUCUACGCUCUCAAUGGGGUGGCCUUCGACUUGGACCUGAAGCGGCCAGACCUGGAUGGAGCCUGGCCCAUGUUCUCAGAGUCCUGCUGCUCCAAUUCCAGCCGGACACAGGGAAGAAGACCCAGAAAGACCAAAAAUUCCCCAAAGGAGAUCUCACCCUCCUGUGGAGGCCCCAUAGGAGUUCAGCCGGAGGAGCCACACGCCAGCCAAGCCGGCUGCGUGCGAGAUGCACCCAGGGAAGACCAACUGGCUAGAUCCUCCAGGUCCCAGCGACACAGACAUACUACACCAUUUUUAGAAAAGAAGAGAGAAGAACUCAGGAGCCUUGGACUCUCCUGGAGCAUGUGGAAACCAGAUAGGGAGGAGCUUCAGCAAGACCAGGGGAAGGGAGCCCCAAGGACGGGGAUCUGCCUGGAGAACUCAACACCCAGCAUCCCGGGACAGGGAGAGGGAGCCAAGGGGGCCCUGGAGGAGGUGAUAGGGGCAGAGGAUGAGGGCAGAGGGGUUCUGCUGGGUGCGGAGGGUCAGAGAACGACAGAGGGGACUCCUGAAGGGGAGGCAGCGUGGGGUCACGUCCAGAGGCUGCUGGGCUCCAGCCCCGGAGGGACAAUAGAGGACGUAACGGCAGUGAGCAGGCAGGAGUGGGAGGCGCCUAGCAUUUCGGGGAUGCCCUGGGUCUCUCAGAGUCUGGAAACAAAGGAAGGCUCCAACUCAGAGAAGCCACAAGAGCAAACAGGAGUGACCAGUGUGACCAGGAGGGAGGAGCCGGCAGAGGUGGCCUUGCAGGAUAUGGUCGAGAGCCUCAGACGUGGGCUCCAGAAGACAGAGGAGCAGGCCCAGCACCAGGAGCAGCUGCUGACAGAGCAGGAGGGGGAGCUGAAGGCACUGGGGGAGCAGCUCAGCAGGUGUCGGGAGGAGCGGGCCCGGCUGCAGGCAGAGCUGGAGCAGAAGCAGCAGGAGGCCGACGGGAGGGCCGCCAUGUAUGAGGAGGAGCUUGGCGGGCAGCGGGACCUGGUCCGUGCGCUGAAGAGCAGGGUGCUGGAACUGAUUCAAGAGAAGGACGAGCUGUGGCAGAAGGUCCAGCAUCUCUCUUCCGUGGCCCCUGGAUGCUGUGUCGGCUGUAGCAAGAUCUUUGGCCGGCUGUCUCGGCGGUCCCCGUGCAGGCUCUGCGGAGGCCUGGUCUGCCAUGCCUGCUCUGUGGACUACAAGAAGAGAGAGCGCCGCUGCCCAGCCUGCUUCCAGAAAGGAGAAGCCCAGGUCGACUGACCAAGA